AUGUACUUCACCAGCUGCUCCACGGGCUGCCAGCAGGCCAGCUGCACCCCCAGCCCCUGCCAGACGUCCUGCGGCGUGCCCAGCCCCUGCCAGACGUCCUGCGGCGUGCCCAGCUCCUGCCAGACAUCCUGCUGCGUGCCCAGCCCGUGCCAGACAUCCUGCAGCGUGCCCAGCCCCUGCCAGACCUCCUGCCAGACGUCCUGCUGUGUGCCCGUGAGCUACAAGCCUGCUGUGUGCCUGCCCGUGAGCUGCAAGCCUGCUGUGUGCCUGCCCGUGAGUGGCAAGCCUGCUGUGUGCCUGCCCGUGAGCUGCAAGCCCAUUGUGUAUGUGGCUCCCUCCUGCCAGUCCUCUGGGGGCUGCCAGCCCUCCUGCCCCACCCUGGUCUGCAGGCCUGCCCCCUGCAGCAUCCCUGACUGCUGCUGA